UGUGGCGGUUCGACGGUUGUUUUCGUUUUGCUGUGGCGGCAAGUGAAAUUGUCACAGUUCAAAUUUUUCGUUCAUUUCCUUCUGGAGGUCUUUCCGAGGAAUCGUCUGAGAAGUUCUAUGGACUAUGGACUAACACAGUCUCAGGUGGGUAUCGUUGGAUUAAAAAUUGUUAAUUCGUUAAAUCGCAUAAAUCGCUGCGUAAAAUUCAGAACACGGAACAGGUUACUCGUGACUUUUGUUGUAUUUUUUACCACUUUGUGGACUCUUUGACACUUAAUACUUUAAUUCAGCUUUAUUUAAAAAAUCUAUACACAUUUCGGACCAAUAUUGUCUCAAGAAGUUACCGAAUAAUUAAAGGUUUGGCGCCUACCGUAAUUCGCAUUUGGUUGUGCUUCGGUCAGAGGUCACGUUUUUUCGCCCUUGUUUAGUGUAAUAUUUACAUUUGCUUGGCUUUGUCAGCGCUCGUGAUUUCAUUUACCCCAAAAUUUUAUUUCGCUAAUUUGAAGAAAAAAGAAUGCUCUUUCAGACUAAACAAGCCUUGGUGUUCAAAGCCAUGUACCAAUCCGCUUUUUCAGCUCGGUCAACAACUUUGAAAAUUUCUUUAAAAAUCUCUUGUUGACCAAAUCGCGAACUAAUCAGUUAAAAUUAUAGAGGAAAGAUAGUAAAAAUACGAAGUGUCAUUAUAUUUUAGUUGCCAACUUUAUUUUAAAAUUUACGAGUUACUGAAUAUGACUCUAAUUUUGCAUGAUUUUUGCCUAUUUUAGGCCUCGGGAAGAAAAAAAUUCGUUAAAAAAAUAUUAUUCACUCGAUCGUACUUAAAAACCAACGAUUUUGUAACUAGGGCCCAUAGGGCUUUAUUCUGGCUGAGUUUGAGGCCAGGUCAUUUUUUGACUAUUUCCACGUAAAGUUGAUAUUUACGCGGAGUCGCUCUUAAGUUCGAAACAUGGAAAGUUCGACGUUUGAACUGAGGCCAAUAGAUUCAGAACAAAAAGUUAAGAUUUCUAGUAAUUCCUGUCUUACGUCAAAUCCAGACCCUCAUUAUAAAUUUUAGUGAAAGUUUUCGAAAGGCGGCAUUAUUUUCUUCAUAGUUCACGAUGUGUAGCGUUAGCAAUUUGGUAAGACUGAAAGAAGGCUGGUGGAAUAAUGAAUGUCUCAGUAUGUGCAUAAUAAGCACAAUACUACAUGAAAAGUGAUUUGUACGGUAUUAGCGCACUCGUUUUUGUAUCAGGAAUCUAACUAGUGAGCGCCGUGAACGUACAUACAGGCGCACUAUCCAUGAAUCUGGUGAGGUAAAAGUGACCAAGCCCUAAGGUAUCUACUGUUUGUCCCAAAUAUUUCAAAAAUAAAAGAAAUAGAUAAAAAUAUCAUUCCUGGUAAGAAGACAAUGCAAUAAUGUCAGAUAUUUUUAGGGGAACAGAAAACUGUUUCGGCAAUAUAUAGUCUCGCCUUGUCUCUUAGGGUCUGUUUACAUGCAUACCUACAUACAUACAUGGAAGUGGGGGACCCUGGGUAAAUGAGGUAACCCGCGGCGGGCAACCCCACCUAUAAUGUAAAUGUGAUCAAAUAAAAAUGAGAGAUUAUAUGGACAGGCGGGUUACCCAACCUAAGCCGGGUUACCUCCUAUCUGGGCCCCCCCACCUCCAUGUAAACAGGCCCUUAGUCAGCAACUUUCACAGCGAUAUGUGCGUGAGCGGAGGAGGGUUGGAAACGAAGUCAAUAGUCCCUGGAUGCCCAGGCUGCCCUCGACUUCCCCUCCUGCUCCCGUCUCCCCCCCCCCCCACCCCGCACCCCCACGAACAGCCUGUGUACAGCCACUCCCUGUUCGAAAGGAGAGGGGGGCUGCACACAGGCUACCGUGCGACCGUGCGAUCCGAACUCUCUAAGAAUGUCUGGUAACAAGGCUGGUGAAUGAGAAAAGCGAAGUUUCAAGCCAAAAGAAUCAAAAUCAGAAUAAAAAAGAUCAAUGAUCUUGAUCAAAAUGGCUGAAAACUGUGGCAGUGACGUCUAUGGUGCCUUGCUCUUUUCUAGAAGAUCAACUGCUAUUGGAAUGCGCACCUGAUUACAGCUCAUUUCGAGAGAAAAGAUUUCUAAAAUAGACUGAAAAUCUAACGCAGUUAUUGGUGCCGCGAAGGAUGCUUCGGGGUGAUUGGUUCCCGCAAGAUUAUUGCCCCCUCAGGGAUUUCGCCCAGAAGGCGAAAUCCCGAGGAGGCACUCUAGAAACUCGCGCGUAUAUCAAGGAAAUUACUUACAGUUGAAAUAUACAGUCAGUAUGCCAGAAAAAAUGUCGAUUUGCUUGAACAGGGGCCGCGAGGAAUCGGUAGGUAUUAAAUGAUGACGUUUCUAUUGUUUGCACCCACAAGUACGAAAUGGUUAGGGUGACGUAAAGACAGAAAAUCCCGAAGGGACCGCUUAGGUAGAUUUUGUGACAUUUAUUGUGCAGUCAUACUUCGAUACUCUUUUGCGUUACCUGUUAUCAGUAACAGUCUCUGCACAGGCAGCCCAAGCGCACCAUGUUUGGGUUCGGGCUUCAGAGCUCAUUUGGUCGGAAUAUACUAGAAUUAUUAGUGUAUUAUCUGAUGCCAAAUAAAUGCAAAAAAGGGGCUUAAAGAUAUGAAGUCUUCUUGUUUGUCUAUCUGUACUAGUAGCCUUUAAGAUAACGAAGGUCGAGAUUUCUUGCAUCAUUACAUGUGAUUCGGGCCCUUAUUGUUCGAAUUUUAUCACAUGUACAUUCGAAUCUACAACGCUAAGGAAAAAAAUCAUGAUCACGCGAAAUAUUGAUUCAAAAAUCUCUCUUACCUUUAGUUCAUAGCCACUCUGUCCUACGGCCGGUUUAAACGCCGUUUGGUCGACUUUCUUUCCAUCGAGUACUUAAAACUAGUGCUCGAUGGAAAGAAAGUCGACUAAACGGCAUUUAAACCGGCUGUAGGACACAGAGUGGCUAUGAACUAGAGGUGAGGGACCUUUUUGAAUCAAUAUUUCGCGUGAUGAUGAUUUUUUUCUCUGAUAAAAUUCGAACAAUAAGGACCCGAAUCACAUGUAAUAAUGCAAGAAAACUCGGCUUUCGUUAUCUUAAAGGCUACUAGUACAGAUAGACAAACAGGAAGACUUCAUAUCUUUAAGAUUUUUUGCAUUUAUUUGGCAUUAGAUAAUACACUAAUAAUUUUAGUAUAUUCCGACCAAAUGACCUCUGAAGCCCGAACCCAAACAUAGUGCGCUUGGGCUGCCUGUGUUCUGUGGAGCAGUUGUUUUGAAAGUUAUGGACCAAAAGACACUCGUUACUGCGCUUUUCAAAAACAUGCGAAUUCUGAAGUUCAAAAGCCAACUAACGAUUGCGUUUUCGCUGCCGUCAAUCAUCUUAACGGACCUCUCAGGAAACAAAACUUAACUUUAACAGGUUCAAAAGGUCAUGGUUUCUGAUUUGUGAUUGGAGGAUUUCGUUCCGUUUUGUGUGUUUCCGUGUUUCAAGGUUCGUUACUUGUGAUCGUAAUUAUGAUUGAUGGCAGCCAAAAACGCAAUUGUGAACGCGGCUUUUGAACUUUGGAGUUCGCAUGUUUGUGAAAAGCGCAGUAAGCGCAGAUGAAGUUAUAAGGUGCGUAUAACUGUGUAUAUAUAAACACUUGGAGAGUUUGCCAGACACGAGUUCACAAAUGUUUCAUUCGAAACCUUGCCAGACACUCUUUCUCUCUUUCGACCGGAAUAAGACUCAGCCCCAAACAAGCAAGACGAGUGAACAAUGGCUAGCUUAUCACUGGCAGAACGAUGGACGAUUACAGAAAUUCGCCGACAAUCAAAUUCUGUGCUGACAUAUUCCCUUCUCACAGAUGUCCUUCCACUAUUAAGUUUCAAAUAAGACUAGAAUGCGCGAGCGUGAAUUGAGCAAACGUCCUUUUAAUUUCUAAGGCUUACUACUUUCCGGCAAAUAAAAUGAAUUGAAUGUAAAAAGUGAAAGAGAAAUAGCGAAAAUUCAACUUCUAAUUAAAUCUUUUCUUAUGGUUUAGAAUAAACUAUUCUCGAAACUGAGAAUGUUUUGAUCAAAGCUGUGUAAAUCGAACCGAAACUGUGCAUGGACAGGGGCACCCAACGAGGACAUAGUUCAAAACCACUUAACAUAGCAUUGUUAAACGUAUUUUAGUAUUUAAACGGUAGAUAUAGGCAUAUUUUUAUCCCCUAAAAACUUUUCAUCUGUUCUGAUUUCCUAGCUGAAAGUCUAGUGAUCCGCAAAUUAUAGGGAUCAAAACUUACCUUUUCGAAAAUUUCAGCCAGCAAAAGGCUCCCGAAAAUUCUAGGUGGCCUUUUUUAGGGUAAAUAUCCGUUUAAAAUGGGCAAUUAUACCAUUUUGUAGAUGUUCGAAAAUCCUAGGAGAGGCAGGCAAGCAAGAAAUUUUACAACAAAUGUUCCGAAAAUUCUAGUACUCAAAUCGUCUUCCGAACAGAUAUUUUCCCGAAAAUUGCCGUUGGGUGCCCCUGCAUGGAACCUUGCGUUUCCUGUAUUUAUCUCACCUAUUGUAUGGAAUGGGUGUGAAAAUCUUCAUUAUGAAUCGGUAUAUUUCAAAGAGUUACACAACGAGCAAGAAUACUAUUGACCGACAACAUACAGAGUGGGGGCAGCUGACAACUAUUACUAGUGAAGUAUGUGUUUUUUUUAAGGUGGGGGUGUCCGCCAAGGAAACCGAAACACAGAUUGUUGCGAGGGAAUUCGAGGCAAAUAUCGUGGGUAAGUACAGAGUAGAAUCCAAACCUACGCGAUGCGCGAUGCGAUGAAACCGGACUGGAUCAGUGGAUACUACACUUCUAGAGUUUUGAUUAGCGAGUCGUGAGUCUUAUAGUGUGUAUUUUUCACUAUGUAGGCUGGGGUAAGGUUAACAAUUUUUCUAAGAAGGAAGAUUGAAGAAAGCAUCUACAAAUACGUCUACUUCCCUCCCCCCACCCCGCACUUUUUUUAACCAAAAAUUGUUCUUUCCCCACCCUUGUUUUGCAAAUCACCGAUCAGAUCUACGAAAGGGGCAUUGAAGAUUUUAAGAUGGAAUCCACCACGACAUUGAUUGAUUGAUUUUCAGUGGACAAAAAUCUUGUACCAGAGUAAUUUAAAGCAUAUUGCAUUCUUUCUUACAUUUUUCAAGGGCUAACGAUGUAAUAAAUCAUCCGUAGUAACACCAAAAAAAAUUACUUAUGAGAGCCCGAGAAAACAAAUGUCAAAUUUCACAAAAUGACAUCUUACACGUGAAAUUUUCAGAAUUUUACCUCUGUAAUCACAAUUCUUGUGGAAUUUGACAUUCAUUUUCUCGGACUUCCAUGAGAAAUUUUCUUUGGUGUUACUACAGAUGAUUUAUUACAUCUUUAGCCCUUGAAAAAUGUAAAAUGUAAUUUAUUCUGGUACAAGGUUUUUGUCCACUGAAAAUUAAAAUUACUCGACAAGUUCCUGAUGGAUUCCGUCUUAACACUGUAGAAUGCAGUCCUUUCAGUUGUCCUUUCUCGGUCAAUACUAACUCCAAAUCGAUUUACAGGAUUUGUGCAGAAUCCAGAAAUCCGGGUAUUAGUGUCGUCACGCAGGAGCGUUGCGUGACGACACUAAUAACGGCUGUGUAGCAGACUAGGUUUCAUCUUGUACAGAUUUAAUAACCUUUAACAUGUAUUAAGUAUUUCAAUUUACAGAGUUUAAUAAUCCGGAUGAAAUGCAAAAAAAUCUAAGUAAAGGCGACGUUGGACGAGUACUUGUGGAUCGAAUCACAGCGUUUCACUUCUUAGAUAAAUCUGGAUUGAAAAAGAACAGGCAAAUACGCCUGAUUCGAAACAUUGAUUAUCCCAUGGAUUCCUUCAUGGCUUUUAUAAAAAGAGACAGCUCACCACUUGAAAUUGCAGAAUGUGGGCCAUACAAGAAAACCUAGGGUAAAUAGAGUUCAAAGUUCAGGGACAAUGACAUAGCUACAAAAUAUUAACGUCAAACUAUUCAAUUUAUAGAGUUUGACAACCUGGAACAAAUGCAAAGGAAUUUGACUAGUGGAAAUAUUGGCCAAGUACUUGUGGAUCGAAACACUGCGUUUCACUUCUUGGAUAAAUCAGGGUUGAAAAGGAACAGGCAAAUACGCCUAAUUCGAAACAUUGAUUAUCCCAUGGAUUACUUC